AUGGGAGACUUUGGUACUGACCGCGUCUCUGUUAUGCAGUUGCGCAGCCCAACGGAUUCAUCGCCGACUUCGACAGCACUCACCUUCAAGCACGUUGAAAAGCUUGGUUCAACUGGUUACGGCGGUUUCUCUCAACAGCAGCAUCUAACGUAUCACGACAGUAAGCUCGCAUGGGAUGGUGUCGUUACUCUCAAGGAUAUUCUGCAGCCCAAAGGCAUCAGUCCGUUCCCUAUGGGUUCUGUCUUCGGUGUGAUUCGGAUCGACAAUGCACCGUACGGAUGCACUAGGAAUGAAAUCGUCUCCGUUCUCACGAAAGACGUCAUGCUGGCUCAAUAUCCUCAGCCGUCGGCCCAUUAUGGUGUCUACUUCCCUCUUGACAUGCAGAACCAACGUGCGACUGGCGUCAUCUACGUUGAAGUUCAAGAUAUGGCCGAGGCAGCUCGCCAGGUGCGCGUUUUUAUGGGUAACAAAGAGCAGGGCCGCCGCCGCCGUAUUGGCAACCGUGAGGUGAACUUGUCCAUCUCUGACCAGGGACAGCUUAUGAAAGUGGUUUUCGACAAAGCCGCGUGUGUGAACUGGGACAGUUCGGGACGUCCACUCCUCCAUCCGCCUGCUGAUUCUUCAUUGGACGGAUUCAAAGGCUUCGUCCACGUGGAGGACUUGACGACGUUCGUUAGCAUGGCUGCGGGAGCUGCGAAGUACGCUCGCACCCAAGUAGCUAAGGAAUAUCCCCAACGCCCCUACGAGGCUCUUCUCGCAAUUCUUCGCAAGUACCCCUGCCACGCCUGGGAGAUUGUGCCGUUCCACGAGUGCAACUUGCUGUAUGAUUUCGCGAACGACAUGGCCACAGCCCUCCGCGAGCAGAUGGGUACCAACCUUCAGUGGGUUCAUGUUCUCCACCGUGGCCUUAUGAACGAGAUCAUUUCCGCGGUCUAUUCGUUCAACGGCUUCUCUACGCCGGCGAAGCAGCAGUUCGCCGCUCGCUUCGGCUGA